AUGGCAAGGGCUCCCGCCAUAUACGCCUACGAUGUGCCCAGCUGCGCCCGGAACGAGGCAGUCGAGGCAUUGUCCUCGCCGACGUCCGGGCUUCGCGAGAGUGAAGAGCUUCACGUCAGAGGAAUGUUACAGCAGAUCGUAUCAAUCGAGGACCAUCUUGAUCGAUAUCAUCGGGUGGACCGACCAGAGGCCGCAUCACUCUUCUGGGUUCCUGCCUACUUUCCUGUACUCUUCUGGUUGGACCAGCGAACACCUGAGCCGAAUGCAAGCCAUCUUCAAUGUGUGCGAGAUGUUGUGACCACACUCCAGCAGUCAAGGUACUUCUCCAGGAACGCCGGGUACGAUCAUCUCCUUCUAUAUGGAUAUGAGUAUCCGCACUGGAAGCGAUUUAGGCACUUGGUUCUCGACAGCUACUCCCCCUUCCUUGGGAAUGCCAUCCUCGUGUCGGUUUCUCUUUGGAAUCAGGGUCGCCGAUCGUCUUUGCUCGAUGCCGGGCUCUAUCAGCUGCUUCGCGUGGUUCCUGUGCCUUACUUCGCCCGGUACGACUGUGGUCAGGAGGAAGCCAUGCUGAGCGCUACGCGGCGCUUUGUCGUUUCCUUCGCCGGGUCCAUCAAGGACAAGCCACCGUACUUUGUUUUCCGUGAGAGGCUGCUGGUUGCCGGAGCUGCCGGCCGACCGGACAUGAAGGAUGAGCGGCUGCUGAUCCAGGUCUUCGAUGCACACGAAGAAGCGCGGUACCGGUUUGCUCGGGACUACGAGGCUGAGCGGCUCGCGCUCUACGUCGACUCCGUGUUCUGCCUGGCAAUGCCCGGCGACGGAAACACAGCCGGGCGCCUUUUCGAUGCCAUGGUACGAGGGUGCAUUCCGGCUCUGAUGUUCCAUCCGGACUCCUAUCCAGUGCUUCCAUUCGUGGCAUGGAUACCGUGGAACGAGUUUGCGAUGGUCUUCCCCAUAGAGAGCGAGGAUGAUGCUGCCACAGCACUCCAUUCGCUCCUCGCAACUUCCGAAGAAGACCGGCAGAUGCGGCGGAAGAGGACUCUUCAGUAUGCACCAAUGAUUUCUUUGGCGCUGCAGAACUGUCCGGAGCAGAUCACCGGCGCCUUAGACCUGGUGUCAAAGGAGCUGAAGGAGAAGGUCGGCCUUCUGAACUCGGCCUUAGCAGGUCUCCGCAUCGCAGCUCCACCGGCAGACGAGAGCCACUGGCUUCGCUGGGGGCCAUCGCAUGCUUGA